AUGAUGGCCCUCGCCUCUCAACGAGCUGCGCGGAUUCUGGCUGGAGCGCGUCACGAGAUCGACGAGUUUCUCGACUCAUCGGUCCUCACGCUGGUGGACCACGAGCUGGGAUCCACCGGGACCCGCGUGCAAAGGCCCGUGCCCGAGCCCGCACCGGAGGCCGACGCGGGCGCCCCGCUUCUGGAGGUGCUCGAGCUGCGCGGCAAGGUGGUCGCCCUCCAGGCGCAGGUGGAGUCCUUGCUGAGCAGGGCGGAGGCGGCGCGAGACGAGGAUGACAUCUGCCUCGUUUGCCACAUGUGGCACAAGUCCAGAUACGGUAUGAUUGGAUGUUCAGUAUGCCGAGAAGACAUUGCCCAUGACGCCCUGCCGUACCAGCCCUGGACACUUGAUCCUGCAGUGGACUGGAUGGCGGCUGGAAUGGUGAAAGAUCGGCGGACUGCGAACGUGCCCUAUGAGCGCGGAGGUGGCAGACUGCGGAAGAAUGGCUUGGGAUCGCGGAAAGUGAAGAAGAGGCGGAACGCGAUCGGGGCGUGCGUAGACGCCGCCCCGCUUCGGCGCGGCCAUCGCCUCGUGCCCGUGGCAGACAAGGACAUCCACCGACCUGAUCUCAGGCUUUCGAUCAACAAGCACCGCGUCGCACAGGCGGCCCAUGAGCUCGUCGCGUACUUCGAGGCGACUGACGAGCCCCAGUUCUCCGUCUACGACCCCGACCUCUUCAACGCCGAGGCCACAUGUAUGUCAGAACAGGCAUGCAGGUAUGCAGUUGAGUUGACGAAGGACUUCGAUUGGACGCAGACCGAUGUGAACCGAGCAGAUGACAGCGCCAUGCGCAUUCAUCUUACAGAAGUGAGGCAGUUCCGCACGACACUAGUGCGCGAGCUUCGCAUCUUGAAGGCGCGCCGCGAGAUGCUGGAGCUGGUUCGCAAGGGAGACUACGGCAAUUGGGCGGAUCGCCGCUAUGACGACCGCGACCAUUGGCGCCGCGACAGCGGAUGGCACUGGUAA